AUGAAAUUCGCAAUUGUAUUUGCUGCUCUUUUAGCUGUUACAUUAGCUGCACCAUUAGAUAGUCCACAAGAAGCACAAGUUUUAAAAAGUGAAUUCGAUAAUAUUGGUGUUGAUGGAUACAAAUUCGCUUUCGAAACAAGUGAUGGUACAUCCCGUCAAGAACAAGCUGAAUUAAAAAAUGUAGGAACUGAAGAAGAAGGUAUCUCAGUACGUGGUUCAGUAUCAUGGGUUGAUGCUGAUGGACAAACCUAUUCAUUAAAUUAUGUUGCUGACGAAAAUGGAUACCAACCACAAGGAGAUCAUUUACCAAAAUAA